AUGGCUACCGUUCGGAUCUGUGUCUGCGGCGACGAGGGCACCGGCAAGUCCAGCCUCAUCACCUCGUUGGUGAAAGGUGUCUUCGUCACCAAUAAGAUUCAGCCUGUACUCCCCCAGAUUACUAUUCCUCCCACCAUCGGAACCCCUGAAAAUGUCACCACCACAACCGUCGUCGAUACCUCGGCCGUUCCGCAGGAGCGCAACAACCUCGCGCGCGAGAUCCGGAAGUCCAAUGUGAUCCUUCUCGUGUACUCCGACCACUAUAGCUACGAACGUGUCGCGCUCUUUUGGCUCCCAUAUUUCAGAUCCCUUGGAGUCAAUGUACCCGUCGUCCUGUGCGCCAAUAAGUCAGACCUAGCGGCCGAUCAUAGCGAGGCGCAGGUGGUCGAGGAGGAGAUGCUACCUUUGAUGUCGGAGUUCAAGGAGAUCGAUUCGUGCAUUCGGACCAGCGCUCGGGAGCAUCGCAAUGUCAAUGAGGCCUUCUUCGUUUGCCAAAAAGCAGUCACCCAUCCAAUCGCGCCCCUGUUCGACUCCAAGGAGGCCUCCCUGAAACCCGCGGCCGUGGCCGCCCUCCAACGCAUCUUUUACCUGAGCGACAAGGACCGAGAUGGGUAUCUCUCCGAUAAGGAAAUAUCCGAGUUUCAAACUCGGUGCUUUGGCAAGUCCUUGAGCGAGGAGGAUCUAGCACAUAUCAAGGACACGAUCCAGAAGAACUACCCGGAGUCCGUGACCGAGUCAGGCAUUGACUGCUGCGGAUUCAUCCAUUUGAAUAAGUUAUAUGCGGAGAAAGGGCGCCAUGAAACAGUUUGGAUCAUCCUCCGUGCAUUUCAGUACACCGAUAACCUCUCUCUGCAAGAGAAUUUCUUGCACCCCCGAUUUGAAGUACCUCCCUUUGCAUCUGCGGAGCUUUCUCCAGAAGGUUAUCGCUUUUUUGUGAACCUCUUCCUGCUCUCCGACAAGGACAAUGAUGGCGGAUUGAAUGAUACCGAGCUCGCAUCACUGUUCGCUCCGACUCCUGGUCUUCCUGCGUCCUGGGCCGAUGGCUCAUUCCCGUCCUCUACGGUCCGCAAUGAGGCCGGCCAUGUGACCCUUCAGGGUUGGCUGGCCCAGUGGAGCAUGACCACAUUCAUGUCCCCGAAAACUACGCUCGAAUACUUAGCCUACCUGGGCUUCGAGUCGUCCGACCGCAGCAAUCCCUCUACGACUGCCGCGUUAAAGGUCACCCGGCCUCGCAAGAGACGGCGGCGUCCUGGGCGUGUCGGUCGCAAUGUUGUCCAGUGCCAUGUUCUUGGAGCGUCCGGAUCUGGCAAAUCCGCCCUCCUUGAUGCGCUGCUCUCGCGUGGAUUCAGUACCACGUACCACCCCACCAUCCAACCUCGUACAGCUGUCAACACCGUUGAGCUGCCUGGUGGUAAGCAGUGCUAUUUAAUCAUGGAUGAACUGGGGGAACUGGAACCCGCAAUCCUUGAGAACCAGGCCAAACUACUCGACCAAUGUGAUGUGAUUGCAUACACGUACGACUCCUCCGACCCCGACUCUUUUGCUUACAUCCUCGCUCUCCGCGCCAAGUAUCCACAUCUGGAGGACUUGCCGAGUGUCUUCAUCGCGCUCAAGGCGGAUUUGGACCGAACAACCCAACGGGCGGAGCACCAGCCCCAUGAAUACACGGCCUUGUUGAACAUGCCCAGUACGCCUCUUCACGUGAGUGUCACUUGGACUUCCAUUCAAGAGGUUUUUGUACACAUUGCAGAAGCGGCGAUGGAGCCCAGCACUGCGUUCCCCCGCAGCGAGGAGGACGUGGAAGGGAAAUGGAUGUCGUGGGGCAUUGCCUUGGGGGCGGUAGUUUGCGCGGGGGCGGCCGCCGUGAUGAUUUGGCGGCGCGUUAGUGGCAGUGGACAGUAG